CGAGCUUCACCAAAUUGCCGGUCACCCCUACAAAGGAACGUUGAUGAUACGAAGAUAAGCACCGCCAGAAUCAAGUCUACCGAAACCGGCCGUGAUCUAGAAUGCACCUCAUUUCGUCUUUUUACUCAAGGGCCAGGGACGAACCUGUGCCUGGAAAGACUCCCCAACUCUUCUUCAAACUAGCUGGCACCAGUUUCAUCUACUUCCAGCUCCUUUUCUUCGGUCUAUUCUGCUAUAUACUUGGAUCCCUCUUUCAGCAGACAGACCACACUCACAAUAUUCGAAUCACCUUUGUUGACUACGACCGAGAUGCCAUCGGUCGUGCUGUGCGGCUUGCGUAUGCCAGCAUCGAAGGGAAAGCAUUCCCGACUUUGGUCGAAAGACCAGCAUCGGAAUUUCCAACAAUAAACGACCUGGUGGGCACUGUUUGCAGGACUGAAUACUGGGGCGCUCUCUACGUGGUUAAGGGCGCGUCGUUGAGACUGCACGAAGCAUUGGCGGGUGACAAGACAUACAACAAUACGGAUGCUAUGGGAUACAUAUGGAAUGAGGCCUUUUAUUCAUCUAUCAUCGAUUCUGCUGUGUCAGUCAACUUACAGCUACUAUCCGACACUGCAAGAGUGGCAUAUACUACGGCAAACGGGACCGCCAACAUAUCAUCUAUAACCAGCCCGGCUGCCCUUUCGGCCUUUGCAAAUCCAUGGGAACUCCAGUCCAUCAACAUCAAACCGACACCACAAGGCUCACGAGCGAUUUACAACACCGUCGUCAUCAUCAUCGUUCUGAUGCAACAGUUCUUUUACUUGGGCACUCUCAACGGCCGCUAUGCCCAACUCAAAGUAUAUACCCUCGUAAAUCCAUACCGCAUCAUAAUUACUCGGAACAUGAUCACUUUGUCUUAUACUUUUAUUGGCUCACUCCUAACCAUGGGCGCGAUCUGGGCUUUCAGGGCAGGCUGGGAUGUCAACGGAAACCAGUUUGUCUUGUCUUGGAUCACCUUAUGGCUCUUUGCCCACAUCAACUUCCUUAUCUUUGAGAUAUUCACGAUAUGGUUGCAAUCCUCUUUUGUCCCGAUGGCUCUGAUAUCGUGGAUAGUCUUCAACAUCACGUCGGUGUUGUUGCCCUUUCAACUAAGCCCGGGGUUCUAUCACAUUGGCUACAUGUUUCCAGCUCACAACUAUUAUCAAGUGUUGAUAAAUAUUUGGUCACUCGGCUGUAACCCCAAGCUACACUAUGCGUUGCCAGUAUUGUUUGCCUGGGAACUGGUGGCAUUGGUUUUGACCUCUGUUGGCGUUUUUCGAAGGUGUCACCUUGCAAUGGCUGCUCGUGCGGGUUAAGUGAGCGAGGACAAUGCAUAGUAUGAGCUGCCUUAUUGCUGAAAAAUUACUCAUAAAAAACCCUUUCUAUUCUAAUAAGAUUGCU